AUGGGCAAGUCAGAAAGCCAGAUGGAUAUAACUGAAAUGAAUACUCCAAAACCAAAGAAGAAACUGGGAUGGAGUGGCCUGGAAAUAGGGCUGGCUGUGGUGGUGCUGCUGCUGGCCAUCGUGGCCAUCACCAUGAUCGUCCUGUACGCCACGUACGACGAUGGCAUUUGCAAGACACCAGACUGUAUCAAAUCAGCUGCCAGGAUCCUGGAGAACAUGGACCCCAGUGCCAGACCCUGCCAGGACUUCUACCAGUACGCGUGCGGGGGGUGGCUCAAGAGGAACGUCAUCCCCGAGACCAGCUCCCGUUAUAGCAACUUUGACAUUUUGAGAGACGAACUAGAAGUUGUUCUAAAAGAUGUCCUCGACACCCCCAGCACCAACGAUAUCCCAGCAGUGCAGAAGGCAAAAACCCUCUACAGGUCCUGCAUAAAUGAAACUGCUAUUGAUCUCCGAGGUGGAAGUCCUCUAAUUAGUUUAUUGCCAAAUGUGUCUGAGUGGCCUGUAGCAACAACUAACUGGGAUGAUUCCUAUGGUACUGCUUGGACAGCUGAGACAGCUAUUGCACAGCUCAACUCCAGAUAUGGAAAAAAGGUCCUUAUUAAUUUUUUUGUUGGCACAGACGAUAAAAAUUCCACAGCACAUAUCAUUCACAUCGACCAGCCUGGGCUGGGGCUGCCUUCCCGGGACUACUACGAGUGCACUGGGGCAUACCAAGAGGCAUGUUCUGCCUAUGUUGAUUUCAUGACUUCUGUAGCUAAACUAAUCCGACAAGAAAGAAAUAUUCCUGUCAAUGAGAGCGACAUUUCUGCACAAAUGAGAAGAGUAAUGGAGCUGGAGAAAGAGAUUGCCAAUGCAACAACAAAAUCUGAAGACAGAAAUGAUCCACUUCUGCUGUACAAUAAAAUGACCUUGGCACAACUCCAAAAGAACUUCUCACUGAUAAUCAAUCAUAAGGAGUUCAACUGGUCAGAAUUCAUAAAUGCCAUCAUGUCAACUGUGCAAAUCAACGUUGACAACACGGAACACGUCAUUGUUUAUGACCCUGACUACCUGCUCAACCUCAGGUCUGUUCUCCUAAAAUACUCCUCCAGAGACCUUCAGAAUUACAUGGCCUGGCGGUUUGUCAUGGAUCUUGUCAACAGCCUCAGCCGGGACUACAAGGACACAAGGAAUGCUUUCCGUAAGGCCCUCUACGGCACCACCUCCGAGAGCGCCGUGUGGCGCCGCUGCGCCAACUACGUCAACGGGAACAUGGAGAGCGCCGUGGGCCGGCUCUACGUGGAGGAGGCCUUUGCUGGGGACAGCAAGCACGUGGUUGAAGAAAUGAUUGCAGAUAUACGUGAUGUUUUUAUAAAAACCUUAGAUGAACUUCCCUGGAUGGAUGCAGAGACCAAAAAGAGAGCAGAACAAAAAGCAAUAGCAAUUAAAGAGAGGAUUGGUUAUCCCGAUGAGAUCGUGACAGAUGACAACAAGCUCAACAGUGAGUACCUGGAGUUGAACUACAAGGAAGAAGAAUACUUUGAAAACAUUAUUCAAAAUUUAGUAUUUACCCAGAAGAAAAGGUUGAAAAAGCUUAGAGAAAAGGUGGACAAAGAGGAGUGGAUAAGUGGAGCUGCUGUUGUCAAUGCUUUUUACUCAGCAAGUAGGAAUCAGAUAGUGUUCCCUGCGGGCAUUUUGCAGCCCCCUUUCUUCAGUGCCUCCCAGCCCAGGUCCCUGAACUACGGCGGCAUCGGGAUGGUGAUCGGGCACGAGAUCACGCACGGCUUCGACGACAACGGCAGGAAUUUUAAUGAGAACGGAGACCUCGUGGACUGGUGGAGUGAAGAAUCAGCACGGAAUUUCAAGGAGCUGUCCCAGUGCAUGGUGUACCAGUAUGGGAACUUCUCGUGGGACCUGGCAGGUGGACAGAACCUGAGUGGAAUCAACACACUAGGAGAAAACAUUGCUGAUAAUGGGGGUGUGAGACAAGCAUACAAGGCUUAUGAAAACUUUGAGAGAAAACACGGAAAAGAAAAACUCCUUCCUGGUCUCGACAUGAACCACAAACAGCUGUUUUUUCUGAACUUUGCACAGGUGUGGUGUGGCACGUACAGACCAGAAUAUGCAGUGAACUCCAUCAAGACAGACGUGCACAGCCCAGGCAGAUUCAGGGUCCUGGGGUCACUGCAGAACUCCCCAGAGUUUUCAGAAGCCUUUUCAUGCACCACGAGAGACAACAUGGACCCUGCCAAGAAGUGCCGUGUCUGGUGACGGACU